UUUACUGGACAGCUGGCAUGCUACGGAAGUGUUUCCGUGCGUGCGGCCCUGUAAUCUCCCUGUCCCCGGUGUGCGAUUUGACAAUUUUGGCUAAAAACAGGUGGAUGACAACAAUUUCCAUUGCAUGCAGUUAGGUAUCACUUUCGCUGAUUGUAGUCAGAGAUGGGAGCGAACAAUAGCAGGCGCCGCGUCUCCUUUGAGUCGGAUGAAAAUGACAACAUCACAGUUGUGAAGGGCAUAAGGCUCUCUGAGAAUGUCAUCAACCGAAUGAGGGAGCCCAUAGCUCCCCUUCUUCCCCCCUCCCUUCCACAGGUCCCACCCCCUGUUGCUGCUCCCUCCUCCCUCCUCAUUCCAGUGCCUCCCCUCAGACCCCCCUUCGAUCCCAUCACCUCGCUUCCACCCAUAGAACCCAUCGCACUACCACCUCAACCUCCUGCACCUGUCACUGAAGUAGUGGCUCCACCUCCACCCCCCAUGGAACAGGUAGCAGCUCCGACCAUCAUUGACAUGGUGAUCCCGCCUCCUACCUUAGCUGCUUUAAAGCCUGUGGCAUCCCCUCCACCACCUGCAUCUGUUGAGCAGGUAACCCUCCCACCACAGGUUGAACCCCCGGCCCCCAUCCCUGUUCCCGCUCCUGUGGCUGUGGAACGUAAUACCAUCCCUGCACCUCCUCCUGUAAUCAAACCUGUUGCUGAUCCUCCUGUAAUCAAACCUGUUGCUGAUCCUCCUGUAAUCAAACCCGUUGUUCUUCCUCCUGUAAUCGAACCCGUUGUUCUUCCUCCUGUAAUCGAACCCGUUGUUCUUCCUCCUGUAAUCGAACCCGUUGUUCUUCCUCCUGUAAUCGAACCCGUUGUUCUUCCUCCUGUAAUCGAACCCGUUGUUCUUCCUCCUGUAAUCGAACCCGUUGUUCUUCCUCCUGUAAUCGAACCCGUUGUUCUUCCUCCUGUAAUCGAACCCGUUGUUCUUCCUCCUGUAAUCGAACCCGUUGUUCUUCCUCCUGUAAUCGAACCCGUUGUUCUUCCUCCUGUAAUCGAACCCGUUGUUCUUCCUCCUGUAAUCGAACCCGUUGUUCUUCCUCCUGUAAUCGAACCCGUUGUUCUUCCUCCUGUAAUCGAACCCGUUGCUUCUCCUGUAAUCAAACCUGUUGCUUCUCCUGUAAUCAAACCUGUUGCUUCUCCUCCUGUAAUCAAACCUGUUGCUUCUGUUCCUCCCAUUGCACCUCCUCUCCCUCCCGUAAUUGAACCCAUUGCUCCUCCUCCCCUUUCCUCUUCAUUGGCAUCCAUCUCCUCCCCUGCUGUUGAGUCUGCUGCUCCUCCAAUGGAAGCUUUCUCCCUGCAGCCUACAGUCAAACCCAUCGCUCCGCCUCCUCCCCCAGCUGAAUUCAUUGCUCCAACCCCUUGUGAACCCAUUGCCCCUCCUCCUCAGCCCCCAGUGGAAGCUUUUGCUCCUCCUCCCGCCGCAGUACCAGUGGAAGUUGUUGGCCCCCCUCUUCCUCCUCCCACCCCAGGGCCAGAACCAGUGGUGGUAGCACCGCCAGCAGCACAUGCAGUUGAUGAAGAGGAGCUGAGGAAGAAGAUCACAGAGGAUCUGCAGAAAGGCCUGUUGAAGGAGAGGGUGAAGGCUGAGCAGGAGCUGCAAGCAUGGCUGGAGGAGGAGAAGGUCCAUGCUGCAUCCUUUGCUGAGGCUGAGGCCCAGGCCAGUGUGAAGGAUGAGGUGGGUCGUAUCCUGGAGCUGGAGAGAGCCACGACCCAUAAAACCCUGACGCAGGCUGUCAUGAGGGAGAAGGUCAGCGCUGAGGACGAGAGGCUACGCACCCAGCUUUACGAGAUUACAGGGAAGGCCAAGCAGCUGGAGCUCAGAGACCAGGAACUGAAGAAACAGGAUGCCUUCUACAGGGAACAGGUUGCCAGGCUGGAGGACAGGAGUGCUCAGUUCUACAAGCUGUCCACAGAGAACUACCACAAGGCUGCCGACGGAAUCAACGCAAAGUUCAAGCGGUUUGAGGUGAGUCCAGUGUGUGCUGAUCUGCAGGGUCAGAUCCUGAAGUGCUACCAGGAACACAGUGGGAAGACGCUGCUCUGCUCCACCAUCGCCUCCCGCUACCUGCAGUGUGUCAACCAAGCUAAACAGAAUGGCAAUAAUGAUCUUGCCCCGCUAUGGGCAACCACUACAGACAUUAGAAAAACAAGUUGAGGACUGGGGGCUAAGAGUGAGGUGCUGUGGCAUUACGGUUUAUCAACCCUUUAUCGACUGCAAAUGAGAGGAGAGGAGAGGAAGCACCAGAGAUCGCAACCCCGACUCGAGGUAGAAACAGAACCGCAACCUGACCAGAACCAGGAACACAAGACAACCAGACAACCCUGAGAGAGAUGGACACCCCUUAGCCCAACACCCUUCUCCCCCACUGACCCCCAAACCCGUUACUCCUUCGUAAGAUCCCACCUACAGUACCUACACCCCUUCUCCCCCACCCCACUCCACUGCAUGUCUAUCUCUACUACCAAGAGGGAGGAGGACAACGGUAGCACUUCCUAAAGAGUACAGUGCAGUAGCUCCACCACGCAGUAGCUCCAUCACGCAGCUGCAGUAGGAGAAGUGCAACUGUUCGCCAUGUUGGAGACGCAUGAAUACAUGCAGAGACAGAGAGUUUAAGCCUAGGCGGAGUCCACCAGAACCAAUGCAGGCCCAGAGCUGAAGAUAUCCUCAGACUGAACCACUAUCAUUACCAACAUGCACCACCACCCAACCAGCUCACCUCCCUUACAAAGCCACUAGUCCGCCCCAUCACCACCCAACCAGCUCACCCCUCUUACAAAGCCACUAGUCUGCCCCAUCACCACCCAACCAGCUCACCCCUCUUACAAAGCCACUAGUCCACCCCAUCACCACCCAACCAGCUCACCUCCCUUACAAAGCCACUAGUCUG